AAUAUGAAAUUAUCAGCAAUAAGGUGAAUUUAAAAGAUAAAUGAAAUACCUUCCAAAUUGUUAACUAACGUGGAAAUAUACAAGAGAAAAUAUGGCAAAAAAUAUCAGUAAUCAUUUACUUUGCAGUUUAUUUAAAACUGCUAAAGAAGAGCAGAUUGUUUUGGAAACUCUUAUAGCAGUUUCAAUUAUUCAGUUGGAUAUAAAACCUAGACAGUUAUAUAAUCGUGAUAGAAAAUCUAGUAUUCUCAGGGAAAUGGUUAGUAGAAAAUAUUUUGGAAUUACGGCGUUGGUUUAUGCAGUUAGAGAGUAUUAUUUUGGAGAGAAAUUUAAAGAUGUCCUAAAUGUUAAAAUUGUUAACAAAAUCAAAAGAAACAGUUUCGAAUUAUAUGAAAAAUACUCUGAUGAUACAAAACAUUUUAAUGAAAUUAGACCAUUGAAAAAAGAGAAAUUUGAAUAUCAUUUGGAAAAUUUAAUCUCAAAGAUGUUUAUUAUUACAGCCUAUCUACAUUUAGAGGAUAAUUCAUACGUGAAUAUUACAGAAAGUAAAAUAUUUAAACUGUAUGAUGAAAAAAUAUAUCCAGAGCUUAUUGCCUAUAUUGCGAAAUGUAGUACGCCAUUUAAAAUUAGCGAAGACUCACUUGAAAAAAAAUACUUGGACUCUUCUAAUGAUGAUUGGCUGACCAAAAAAACGUAUCAAGGAUCUAUAGUCAAAAAACUUAAUGAUGCUAGAGACGAAUUUAUUCCCUCCUCCAUAAAUUCAUUUCAAAGUUCUCUGAAAACAUUCUGGACUAAUGAAUCGUUAGAAAGAUAUUUGAGAAGAAAAUUGAAAACAAUAGUUCAAGUGUCUAAUUCGACUGUUCUUUGUCCACCGAAAUAUAGAUAUCAGGUAAAGAGAUUCCUCUCCAGAGAAUUGUUAAAGGUAAAGAAUUUUUCCACUUCGGAAAUUAGAAGCUAUCAACAUCCUCAUUUUCCUAUCAGCGUUGCUCUAGAAUCUGGUGUAAAAGCAGUAGAUUUUGUUGAUCCUGACGAAGUAAUGUCUGCUUCUAUAACAAUUAGCAAAGCUAAUUACUUUUUUUAUACUUUUAAAAUAAAAGACUUAGAAACGGAGAUUAAAAAUCAAGUUGGACCAAUGAGAUGCUUUUACUACUGUCCUAUAAAUCAUUCAGAUCUUGUUAAGAACACUUCGGAAAACAUGACUUUAGGUUUUGUUACUUUUUGUCAUAAAAAGAGUAUUCAGCACUUGAACAAUUUUCAUUGGAAAGGAGUUACUUUGAAACCGGACAAUGAUACAAUACUUACGGAAUUUGUAAUAAAGAAUAGUAAGAAGAAACACGAUGUUUUAUUUUCAUUUGAAGAUAAAACAUUCAAACUUCAAUCAAGAUUUUUCUACUCAAUUAAGAAUUCUUUAGAGAAAUUUGUCUAUAAUCUGAAUAGAUUCACUUUUAAUGGUGAAGAAAUUCUUUCUAUUUCUAAAUCUGGUGAAAUUACUAUUGGAAGAACUAAAGAAUCAGCGCAUUCGUUUAAGAGUGUUUUUCUAAGAGUUUUUCAAUUUUUACAACCUGAUCAUUUGGAGACAAGCCAGAUCUUAUUUGAGAAUGAGCUCAUGAAGCUAAAGUUCAUCGAAAAUUUACAAAGAAUAUUUGAGACGUACGUAGUAGCUGAUGGAAAUUCUUGGUUUAUUUACGGAUCAAGGGAAACAAAGAAUCGGGUUAAAACAUACUUGAUAAAUUAUUCUACGGGUAAAAUACCAUCUUAUCAAAUAAUUUACUCAUUCAAAGAUAUUAAUGCCUUGGAAAUGGCUAUAAAAUGGUCCAACAAUUUGUUAAACGAAUUAAAAGAUGUCUAUAUUGAUUGGAAAAAUCAAAAUGUUGUCGCUUUAGGAGAUUACGAGUCGAGAUCAAAUGUCGAAAAGUAUCUUCAAACGGCAAUCAAAAUUGAAGAGGGGUCCGAUAACGAUUCAAUGGGUGAAACUACUGAUACAGAGGAUAUAAAGAAAGAAGACGAAGUAAAUGAAAAUAGUAUGCCUGCGAGGUGUUCAAUAUGCUGGGAAAACUAUACAGUAUCAAAAGAUGAUAUAUUACCUUGCAAGCACUACUGUUGCCAAGAGUGCUUCGAAAAGUAUAUUAUGACUUUGUUAGAAAGGUCUAUGUAUGGAAUAGGAGCGGUAAAGUGUCCACGCUGUCCAGAGUUGUAUAGAGUUAUUAAGGUAAAGGAGAGAAUUUCAAAAAUUCAUUGGGAUUUAUUAGUGGAAAAGUCAAGUAACAAUCUAAUUUUCGAAGAGAGAAGAAAAAAGAACAUCUCCAUCUGCAAAAACAAAGAAUGUCAUUUAGGCAUUAUAAAUGAAAAGACAUUGACUUGUUAUAAAUGUGCAAGCUCAGCAUGUAAUCUAUGCAGAAAUGUAUCUCAUCCAGGCGAACAGUGCCAUCGUGCUAAAACAAUCUUAGAGUCUGAAUAUAAAGCUUGGAGCUUGAAAAAGAGUGGAAGACCUUUUAGAUACUGUCCAAAUUGUCUUUUUGCAGCAGAAAGAAUUAGCGGUUGUCGUUCAGUUAGUUGUAAAUCUUGCGGCAAAUAUUUCUGCUGGGACUGUAUAGAUUAUUUUUGUGACGAUGAAAUAUUGAGCCAUUCUUGUCGAAGAAAGUAUACUCUUAUAGACUUUUAAUGAAUUUCACUGUUUUGUUAUAGAAAUAUAAAAGCAUUAAAACGUUUUGUAUAUUAAUUAAUAGUCUAUUUUGUCUGAACGCCAUCUAUACUUCAAAGGAAAAUCAACUUUCCUUAUUUUUCUAUUGACAAACCGCUAAAGGGUAUUAUAGAAAUUAUUUGGUGUAUAGAUUCUUAAGAUAGUGACAAAAACAUCACCUCUAUCUUCAAGAUAGAUGAAAAGUAGCGAUGAAGAGAAUGAAUGCAACAAAAUUUGAAUAGAUUACAUAGAAAUAUUAUUUUGGGAAGAUGUGACAGUAUCUAUUAUUACCAUAUGUCUGCUAAUAUAUUGAAGUAGGG